AAGACACAAACAGCUCCUCCGUAAGUGGGCUCUUUCUGUCUGCUUCCAUCCCAGCAGAUUUCGAAAUCGUACUUCCUUUUCCCCAGAAAUCUUCUCACACUUUCUCGGCAAAUUUCCCGGAAAAAGGACCCGGUCACCAGCAGGUGUGUGUAACGGUAACAGAUGGUUAGGAAAAAAGAUGUGGAAUUCUAUUGCGGGUUUUCGAGGAAAGAGCUUCAGAGUCUGUGCAAGAAGUAUAGUUUGCCAGCCAAUAGGUCAAGCUCCGAUAUGGCUGAAUCUUUGGCUUCUUAUUUCGAGAAGAAUAGUUUGAACUCGGUAGGCUUUGGGGUCGGUGGGAUUCAAGGUAGUUCGGGUACAACUUCGAGAGGACCAGUGAGUAGAACAUGGGAUGUGAAAAGAGAUUCUUAUGGUAACGAACUGAAUAUAACCAGAGAGGAUUGUUUUCGAAGUACGGUGGCUAGAGGACCAGGCUUUAUCCUUGGAAAUAGUACACAGUCUCAGGAGCGAAAUGGUGGUGGUUUGAAAUCGAAUGAAAAGGGUCCAAUGGAUCCUCGGCUAGAAAAUAGAAUGAAAGAGGUAGACAAUGGUGGUAGUCCUAGUUCGUCUUCGUUUGAGUUUCAUGUCAGUAUGGAAGAGGGUAUCAGCCUUUCAGUUGAUCUAAAUUUCAACCCAUCAGACUGGAUCAACAGCAUGACAAAUGAGGUCAAUGUAUAUGAUAGCAUGCGUCCAAGGAGAUCUCCACCUUCUGAUCUUGGUGUUGUUGAUGAUGCUACAAAGUGUAAGAAACAGAAGAGUUCAGGGCAAGACAAGGAUGGGGAUGUGAGGAGAGAAUCAUCUACAAGUCCGGCAAGGAAUGAAAACACUCAAGUGCCUUCUGAUCAUCAUCAUUCCAAUGGUGAGCUAUGUCUAGCACCAUCUGCUAUACAACCGUGCAAGGCAAAAAAUGGAGUUGAUUCUUCAGGACCUGGCCAGAUUGUAUCAUCUUGUGUUGAAUCGUGUAGCAAAAGCUGCUGCGUAAAUCCAGUUGACUUGGAAUGUGUUGAUCCACCUGGGAAGAAGUUGACAAGCGACUCCGUCAUGGUUGCUCCAGAACAACAGAGUCAUCCAGCUGAUGAUCAUCUCCUUGUUGAAAUUCCCCAGAGUUUUCGAAAGGUGGGAAACUCAAGUACUGUUAUAUGUCCACGGGGAGCUGGUUCUGAGUUAUCAUCAUCAGAAGCAGAGGCUUAUCCCUCAAACGCACUGUGUUCUUCUCCUCGCAAGACCAGUAGAUCCUCAAAUAUUUCUUCUUCAGAGCUGAUCAUAGAUAGAGAAUCCACUAGCUAUUCUGAAUCAUUCAAGUUCCGGUACAAUGGUGAAGAGCAGGAAAAGAGCGAAGUUUUCAGUGAGCAGGCAAGGUCAGAGUGACUUGUUUGGAUGGUGAAGCAUCCCAUCCACUGUAUUGUAUAAUACCUGAUGUAGAGAUAGUAGUCAAGAUGGCCUUUUCCUCUGACCAAGUGGUUUCUACUGCUGUUUUUUUUGAGGUCAUCAAGUAUAUGGAGAUUCCUUCUAGAGCAUUGGGUCGAAUAUUACUGAGGGUUUUUGCAAUGACCUAGGGAGAAGUUGGUUUUAGGUCAGCAUGCAAUUCUCUUUGGUUUCGUCCUUUUGAAAACACACUUCUAUGUUUGUUAUACUCAUCAUUCACAGACCAAUGUUGGAGGGUUAGCUUACAAAACCAAUGUUGAAUACACCAUGUUGUUUAAUAGAAGCAAAGUUUCUGACU